CGUAGUCAACACAGCUUUCAAGUGCAAGCGGGUCCAAGCGUAGUGUCGAGUCAGAGGAACUACUCGCCCACCGUAACACACAUUCAGCCGGAUUUAACUCAGUAAAAUCUUCUGUAUGAUCGGGGGACACCAAAACACAGUAUGGUCCGGGAAACCAGACAUUUAUGGGUGGGGAAUUUACCAGAAAAUGUACGAGAGGAAAAAAUUAUCGAGCACUUCAAACGGUAUGGACGUGUGGAGAGUGUCAAGGUGCUCCCAAAACGUGGAUCGGAGGGUGGAGUGGCAGCUUUUGUGGAUUUUGUGGACAUUAAGAGUGCUCAGAAAGCUCAUAAUUCUAUCAACAAGAUGGGAGACAGGGACCUACGCACCGAUUACAAUGAGCCAGGAACUAUUCCCAGUGCAGCUCGAGGCCUGGAUGAUAGCCUGACCAUAGCCACUCGUGGGCGGGAUGUUUCAGGGUUCACAAGGGGGGCAGGGGGCCCGGUGUAUGGGCCCCCUGUGUCACUCCACAGCAGAGAGGGACGCUUUGAACGCAGACUAGACGGGGCUGCGGAGGGUCGGGAGCGGUCUUACGAUCACAGUGCCUAUGGACACCACGAGCGUAGCAGCAGCAACAGCAGUAGUUUUGAUCGCCAACGUCACUAUGAGACUGAUUAUUACAGAGAAUCUAGGGACCGGGCCCUCAGUGGAGCUAGCGGGAGUGCCAGUUCUGCCAGUGGCAGCAUUGGAGGCGGCUCAUCAGGGGCCAGUGUUGGUGUUGCAGGGAGUGUUGCAGGAAGCAGCGGUGCUGGUGGAAGCAGUAGCAGCGCUGCUGGAGUAGGAAGUGGUGGCUCGACACCAGGAGGCAUUGUCUACUAUGGUUCACGAAGCCGGAGCCCUACUCGUUUUGAGACUACAGAGACUCGCUAUGAGCCCCGUGCCCGUGAAGCUUUCACACUCGCCAGUGUGGUCCAUCGGGAUUUAUACAGAGAAGAAAGAGGCAGACGAGGAGAAAGGACAUACCACCACAGUCGCAGUCGUUCACCACACUCUUCGCAAUCACACAAUCCAUCACCACAGAGGCUGCCGAGUCAAGCAGCACGGCCGGCACGCUCCCGCAGUGGUUCAGGAUCCCGCAGUCGUUCCUCCAGCUCUGACUCUGUCAGCAGCACCAGCAGCAGCGGCAGUGGCAGUAGUGAUUCCAGCAGCAGCUCCAGUGAUCGGUCUCCAGCUAGAUCUGUUCAGUCAGCAGCUGUACCUGCCCCUCCUGCUCAGCCCCUACCUUCAUUGGACAAAGAUGAACCUCGCAAAAGUUUUGGUAUCAAAGUGCAGAACCUCCCUGUGCGCUCAACGGAUACAAGCCUGAAGGAUGGUCUUUUCCAUGAAUUUAAGAAACAUGGCAAAGUCACAUCAGUUCAAAUCCAUGGUGCCUCUGAGGAACGAUAUGGAUUAGUGUUCUUUCGCCAGCAAGAGGACCAAGAAAAAGCUCUAAGUGCAUCUAAAGGGAAGCUGUUUUUUGGCAUGCAAAUUGAUGUCACUGCUUGGCAUGGCCCCGAAACAGAGAGUGAGAAUGAGUUCCGACCUUUGGAUGAACGUAUAGAUGAGUUUCACCCCAAAGCUACAAGGACAUUAUUCAUAGGAAAUUUGGAGAAAACCACAACUUAUCAUGACCUGCUUAACAUAUUUCAGCGUUUUGGAGAGAUUGUUGAUAUCGAUAUAAAAAAGGUAAAUGGUUCCCCACAAUAUGCCUUUCUCCAGUAUUGUGACAUAGCAAGUGUCUGCAAAGCAAUUAAGAAAAUGGAUGGUGAAUACCUUGGCAACAACAGGUUAAAGCUUGGUUUUGGCAAAAGUAUGCCUACAACAUGUGUAUGGUUGGACGGCUUGUCCUCCAGUAUUACCGAACAGUAUCUCACAAGGCACUUUUGUCGCUAUGGACAUGUUGUAAAGGUUGUGUUCGACCGACUAAAAGGAAUGGCCCUCAUCUUGUAUAAUAAUAUAGAGUAUGCGCAGGCCGCUGUCAAGGAAACAAAGGGUUGGAAAAUUGGAGGAAAUAAAAUAAAGGUUGACUUUGCCAACCAGGAAAGCCAGAUGGCUUUUUACCGUUCAAUGCAGGCAUCUGGACAAGACAUAAGAGAUUUCUAUGAAAUCAUAAAUGAACGAAGAGAUGAGCGCCGGCCGCCAUAUCAUGAGUUCACAGCUGAACGGGCAUACUAUGAGAAUGUGCGUACCCCAGGUUCCUACACAGAGGAUCCACGGCGAAAAUAUCCUGCCAGAAGUCGAGAGUUUUAUUCAGAAUGGGAUCCUUAUCAGGGAGAUUAUUAUGACCCACGAUACUAUGAUGACCCCCGUGAAUACAGGGAUUAUAGAGACCCAUAUGAGCAGGAUAUUCGGAAGUACAGCUACUUACAAAGAGAGCGUGAAAGGGAAAGAGAGCGAUUUGAAACCGAUCGUGAACGAGACCACGGUCGACGAACAAUUGAACACAAUCAAAGCCCAUCCCAUCCACGUCGUCCUGCUAGUCCUGCUGCCUCCCCAUCCCUUUCUGAACGUCCUCCCAGUGACUCUGAACAUCAUGUUUACAGCCGCUCAUCUGAGCGAAGUGGCAGCUGCAGCUCACUUUCUCCACCACGAUUUGAAAAGCCUGAUAAAAUUCGUUUGGAGAGGCACAAUAGGAGUGAUAAAUCGGAGAAAGAUAAAUUGAUUUUUGAGGCAGAGCGUGGAAAUGGUGGAGAAAAAGACAGACGUGCUGGACGUAAGGAAAAAGGAGACAAGGACAGGACUGAGAAGCAAAAACUGAGGAAAUUGAAACUUGCAUCCCCUACUGUUCCAUUAUCAGAGCCAGACGUUGAACUUGACAGGGACACCAGCCCAGAGGCUAUCUUAACUCUGCGAGGUAAAUCCAGCAAAUCAUUGAUCAAAGACAAAGACUACUCUGGAAAAGGAAAACUUGAUCUGCCACCUUGUGUUGUCCAGCUGACAAGAGUAAAGGAGAAGGAAGGGAAGUUAAUAGACAGUAUCCUCAGUGAGAAACAAAAAACAAAGGUUGGGAGUGACCCUGUUCAGUCUCCAACCACCCCACCCUCUGCUGAUCACAAGAGUAUAUCUUUCCGCAUAGAGACUCAGGCUAGAGAUUUCUUUAAGCAUGGAAAACAUCUCAAGGAGAAAGGCUUGGCUAGUCAAGUUGAGGUUGUGGAUAAAGAGGGCAAAGUGAAAAACAAAAAAUACUUCAAAUCUGAUUUUGCCUUUGACACCAGCUCUUCUGUGGAUGCCGACCGCUUGGCUGCACGAAAGAGGCGCUUUGAGGAAACUUCUGGAAAGGCUGACAAUUUAAGGAAGAUAAGUCAGGAGGAGGAUGAAAUGAGGUUAAGGAGAAUAAUUGAUGAAUCGUUGCUGAAAGACAUUGAUUAUGAUAAAAAGAUGCAACGAAAAGAAGCGUGUAAAAGAGAGAAAAUGAAGCUAGAGAGGAUGGUUACUGUUAGUACUACGAAAGAAGAGCUAGACACUGUAAUGUCAGUAGGCCUCAGUCUAGACCUUCAGGCUCGACUUGGGGAACCAACUGAGGAGGCAACAGAUCCCUUAGAUAGCCUUGAUCAAAAGACAGGUACUGAUGGAGCUCAAAGUCAACCAAGUUUCAUUCUUGCAGUCUCUGAUGAUGGAAGUAUAGAUAUGGAAUUUUCAAGAGACCAAGAACAGCAGCACUUAACUAGCUACCACGUACUCUCCUCAAGGCUAGAAAGAGAUUCUGAAAGUAAAGAAAGUUUGCUCUCAGACAUUGAUCACUCACAGAGUUGCAGAAAACAAAUGGAGCAGAACCGUCGCCUACAGCAGCAAUUGCUAGAGUUUGAUAAAUCGGAUAAAACUGAAAGCACACCCAGCACUGAUGCAGAGGACUUUGAGCAUCGAAGUCUUGUGCAUGAGAUAGGAAAACCACCUCAAGAUGUAACUGGCGAUUCACCACCCAGCAAGCGAAAGAAGUCAGAACCAUUUGAAUUUGAUUUUGGCACUAAAAGACAGAGAGAUUAUCAGAGGUUCAGACAGAUAAAUGAUGAACCUGAAAGGAGACUUGCUUCACUUCCAGGGACACCCUUUGCUGAGGAUGCAUCACAAUUGCUGGAAAAAGAGCCAGAUUCACCUGUGGCAAUGAAUAAAAAUUGCUUGCAUUUUGAUGUAUCAAAAUACAAUAUUGGAAACGCAGUGUGCCAAGGGCUUUCAUCGCAUGCAGAGAUUUUGAAAGUGAAAACAUCAGUCACAGAAGAGGAGUUCUGUUGGGAGAGCAAUAUUAGGCAGGGCACAUUGAGAGGAGAAAUGAGCUUCCCCACCAGCAUUGUUAAACGGGAAAGUAUCCGAAAGCGUCCUGAACGUGAAUUAGAACCCGGGGAGGUUCAGUCAGACUCUGAUGAAGAUAGUGAAAGCAGACACCUUUCACUAAAGCCAAACUCUUUCAAAAGAGAGCAUGAAGAGAGGCUUUCAGAUGUGAAGUGUUCUGAGUCACUAGAAAAGAAUAAGUUCUAUGAAUUUGCGUUGGAUAAGACCAUAACACCAGACACCAAAGCUUUGCUUGAGCGUGCUAAGUCACUGUCCUCAUCUAGAGAAGAAAAUUGGUCUUUCCUUGGUCAUGACUCAAAAUUCAAAAGCUUUCGGAAUAGCACAGACAAAGAGAAGUCUGAACCCACUCCAAGGCCUAUUCCUUCUUGGUACAUGAAAAAAAAGAAAAUUCGCUCUGAUUCUGAUGGAAAGCUUGAUGAUAAAAAGAAAGAUGCCAAGCCUGAUGAACAAGAACGACAAGAGCUCUUUGCUUCACGCUUCCUUCAUAGCUCUAUCUUUGAACAGGACUCAAGGCGACUUCAGCACCUUGAGCGGAAAAAUAAUGACCCUGAAAUUAGAGUUGGUAGAGAUAGUAUUACAAGUGAUUCCCAAGGGGAACAAGUUGGAGCAGGAGGAUCAGACCUCUCUCAAGAACCAAGAGUACUUUUUCAUAGCCGUUUCUUAGAACUUCAGCAAAGAGAUAAGAACCAACAGCUGCCAGUUUCAGAAAUAUUUAGUCUAACUGAGGAGGAGGAGGAGGAGGAGGAGGAGGAGGAAGAAGAGGAGGAAGAAGAGGAAGAGGAAGAGGAAGAGGUGGAGGAGGAGGAGGAGGAGGAGGAGGAGGAGGAGGAAAAGGCAUUGGAUGAAGAGUUUGGGCCUUCCCCCAAUGCAUCAGAAAUUUCCCAGGAGUUAACAGUUAGUCAUAUUCCAGCUACAACAUCACCAAUGUCUCUGUCUAAAGUUUCAGAAACUUCUGUGCAGCAUGACAAGCCAGUUUUGCCCUCUACUUUAACAAACAAAGAUGGUCCAGAAAUAGUGAAUGAGCAGUCAGAAGAUGCUCCAGUAGAUUCUCUGCCAUCAAUUAGCCUAAAGGAGGAGAACACAGCUAUUACAGUGAGUGCUAUGCCCACUGAACCAAUAAUAAAGGAAGAUGUAACUGUUAAAGAAGCUAAUGAAAAGCUGAGCGAGUCCAUAAGAGCUGUAAACCCAACUGUUGAACAGGAUAUUGAUGUCAAACCUCCUACUCCUGGUGCAUCUCUAAGUAAUAUUGAGCCAGAAUGUGAUCCUUUUCAGGCAUCUUCUGCAACAUUUUCAAAGCCCAGUGAGCCUCAAGAGAUCGCAGAGCUUUCAGAAACAAAAACAGAAACUGUUAAUGCUUCUCUUCACAACGUUGCAUCCCCACUGGAUGUGGAGCUGCCAGAAACGGAACCUGAGGUUGAACAGGUACAGCCACCACGUAAACAACCCAAGAGUAAAAAGGUAAAAACGGUCUCAACAACACCAAUCGCUCAGGUUGCUAAUGAGAAACCAGCUACACGAAAGAGUGAACGCAUUGAUAAAGAAAAGCUGAAAAGAUCCUCAUCUCCCAGAGGAGACUCUACAAAACUCAUUGUUGACCCCAAAAACUCGGCAAAAUCUCCAGUUCAUGCAACCGAUUCAGAGCAGGGCCUUGAAUCAAACACAAGCCAUGGCAAAACACGGCAGCGACGGAAUGUGCGAUCUGUCUAUGCAACACCCCAUGAGGAUGAGGCUUCUCAACCAGGAAAAGAAAUUGCAGAACCUCCUCGUUCAACCCGUAAGCGCUGUAGCGAAAAGGAGGCUGCAACACAACAUAUGGUAACCACACCUGGCAAGAGAGGUCGUCCACCCAAGACUCGCAAAAGAGGUGAUGAUAUGUCUUCAGUUAAGGGAGAUCAGACAAAAAAUUCUGAGAGUGAAGAUAAUGAAAAUAAGGAGUCAACAAGUAGUGGAGAAAUAUCUAAAACAGCAGAGACUUGGCGCUCUCCGCGAUCCCAAAAGGGGCAGUCUUCACCAAUAAGAGCAGGGCAAAUUAGAAAAACAUUGAAAUUGGACAAAGUUUCAGGUAGCCCAGAACCCAUUCAGUCAGACACAGCAGCGGUUGAUGUGCCACCUGCCCUAGAUCACCAGAAUGAAUCCAAAGAUGAAACUUCAAUGCAAGUUGGACAGUUGUCACAAGAUACCAAACAACAUAACAUAUCUAAAAGAGAAAAGGGACUUGCACAUCCUGCUGAAGAAAAAUCAACAGAUAACAAUAUAGAAAUCACUUCUGUAGAAAAAACACAGGCAUUAGAUCAGAAGAAAGUCAAGGCAUCAAGGUCAACACGGAACACCAAAUUGAUGCCUGAUGAUAAAUCUGUCAAUGUUGUUAAUCUCACUGUGGAUACAGUUAAGGAUGCCCUUCAUUCAGGUGAUAACAAAGCUGUAUGUUUGGAAGGGUCUUUGAAAACCAAAACCACACAAAUAAUAAAAGAAGACUCAAACAUCCCAAUUUACCACAAAGAGGAAAAUGUUCACAGUCCUGGAAAGGAGGAGACUCUUUCAGAAAUGGAGCCUCCUACUGAUCCUGUGGCUGCCUUGCUUGCCCGUCAAAUGGAACUGGAAAGGGCAGUGGAGAAUAUUUCAAGACUUACAGAUGAACAGCAUCCAACACCUUACAAAGAGCCUCGUGCUGAACCAGCUACUCUAACAUCACCAGUUAUAGUACAACCUGCAGAUGAUGCAGAAGUAGAAAAGCCUGCUAAUCCAGCAAGUGAAACUGAACUGGCUGCUGCAAUUGAUUCCAUUACUGCUGAGGAUAUAUCAGGUGAUGCAGAUGGAUUCUCUGCUCCAACAACAUACACAGCCCUCCUUCCCACACCAGAGACUCUUGUUUUGCCAGUAUCAAGUGAGGUUAUUGAACCUGUGUCAGACUUGACUGUAAAGACUAUUGUAGAAUCUGAACAAGGUAGUGUUAUGGUUCCAGAUUCUAAAUCGUCUCAAACAAGUAACACAAAUACUUCACUCGCAGAGUCUCCAUUAUCAGAGGCAGCCAAAAAAGGAGGAAGAGCACGACCAAAAACACCAAGGAAAUCCAGAGGACGGAAGGUUACUUUGAACAGAAAAUUAGAUCUCACUGAUGAUGCAGUGCUGGAACCUGAAUCCACUAUUCUCAAACUUCCAGAAUCUAUCCCAGAAGAGAUUCAAACUGCCAACCCUAAGGCAGCAACAUCAGCAGCUACAGCAGCUGUAGUUACUGUUGCUGCUGCAUGUAAACAUGAAGCUACAGCUACAGUGACUUGUGACACACCAAAAGAGGCAGAACAGCCUGCUGUUGACCAGCCUGAACCUCAAGAAUCUGCCUUCCACUCUGGGAAUAACAGUCCUUAUUUAAGGACAAAACAGCCAUCUCCUGAUCCAGUAGCACCUGCCCUUACUUCACCUACAACCUGCCUGAAUUCACCUGCAUCAUCCAAGACGCCUCUCACGCCCCCUGAGUGGAACACUAGAACAGAGGAGAAAGGAAUUCCACCUAAACCACAAGUUAGUGUGGCACUGUCUACACCAGGAGUUGGGGGACCCCCAGCAAAUCCCCCCAUGCCCCCUGACACAAAGGCCUCUGAUAUUGACCCAAACUCCAGCACACUGCGAAAGAUUCUAAUGGAACCGAAGUAUGUGUCUGCUUCAAAUAGCAAUGCUGUCCCAAGUAUGCAGUUCACAACCACAUUAGCAGAUCCACGGAUGUCUGAUAAUGAAAAUUCAGUUGAGGCUGUGCUGCCUUUAAAGACUUCUCUACCCGAAGACAGACCUAGCCCUGUAACUCAACUUGUACCCCGUACAGCACCAACCCAGCCACCUACUCUGCAACAAUGUGAGUCACCACAGAUCCUAAAGGAGAAACUGGCUAUAACUUCCACCGCUACUUCAGUCAUUAGUCGGAUCCCUAUGCCCUUUGAUUUUGAGGACACUCCUCGCAUCUCGUUAAGCAACCGUAGCUCUGGCAUGUCCUUACCCAAGCAGAAGUAUCGCACAGGCUUGAAUGAAAAUAGCAGGUAUCACGGGCUCAACCUCUCUGAUGAUGGCGGAAGUGUUGGGCGCCCUGUUGUCGAAAGCACACAUUGUAACACAGGGUCAAGUCCUGGUUUGAGGGUCAAUACAUCCGAAGGUGUGGUAGUUUUGAGUUAUUCUGGACAAAAGACGGAGGGACCACAGCGAAUCAUUGCUAAAAUAAGUCAAAUCCCACCAGCCAGUGCCGUGGAUAUAGAGUUUCAGCAGUCUGUAACAAAAUCACAGAUAAAACAAGAACCACCAUCUCACCCCUCUACCCCAAAAGGAUCACAGACACCUACAGGUUAUGGACACGCAGGGGUAGUAUUAGCUGGCCAAAAAUUCAGUGCUCAGCCUGUUAUUUCCUCAAUUAAUCAGGAAAGUCCUAACUCUGAAAAAUCUGAACCAUCCUACCACACUGCUCAACAAGGAGGUUCUGUGAAAACCUUCCAACAAACCACAAGCCAUUCUCAACUUCUGAGGUAUGGUCAGUCAAUUACACAGCAGCAGCAUAUUAAGAAAAAUGGAGCAACUGAAACGGUUUCAAUGAAGGCUGAGAUAAAACCAUCACAGACCUUCAAUGUUAAACCAGUUUUAAGCCCACACCACCCAUCUUUGGCAGGUAAUCACAUCUUAAGUCCAAGUGCUGCACAUGAAAGGGUGGUCUCACAACCCAGGCAAGAUUCACAUUCUCCAAGGGCAUCAGGCCAUUCCACGUCACCCUUUCCAAAAGUUUGUCCUCCUACCAGCUCGGUUGUUUUGGGACCAACAGGUCCUAUGUCUCAGUACGUGUCAAAUAUACACCAUGCUGAGCAGUCGGUGAUCAUGCCCCCUCAUAGUGUCACCCAGUCUGUGCCUAUAGGUCAUUUGUCCCAAGGAGAUGUUAGAGCCAGUACUCCAUCAUUAUCUGGAAUAGGUUAUGGAAUCCGUUCAGAAAAUCUAUUAUCAUCACCUCGAUCUGCACCUCCACAGCGCUCCACGACUCCUCAGCCUGCAGUGAUCAGAGAUGUUGUACUGAAGUCACAUGCAAGUUCAUCUGGUGAUGGUCAAGUUGGUGGGGCCAUCAAUGAUGAUCUGCAGAGUCUCCCUCAAGGACUUCGUAGAGCUUCUGCACCACAGUUACAACCGGAAAGCAUAGUAAUGCAGCCUGAAUUCAAAGGUCUGCAUCACAGAGCAUUGCGUCUAGAUCAGUAUGCCAGAGAUGUGCGUCUACUUGUGCACCAGCAUUUGACUGACCAUUCAGGUGUUGUUGAAAGUCGCCAAACUCGAACACCAGAGGCAAUGCAGUCGCCUUCACACAUAUCAUCUGCUUCUUCUAAAGUUUCCCCUGUGGUAAAGAACGCUCCACAGACUGUGAGGGAUGCACCAAAAGCAAUGGAGCUUAAGAUGCCACCCUCCCCUCACUCUGACAAUAGGAUAAUAGGACACCCACCUGGCUCUGUGAUGGUAUCUCCUCAAGGAGUUCAGUUAAUUCAUCCUGGAAAUGCAAACUCCAUGUCUGAAUACUACAGAGAAAUGCGUGGCUUCCAUCCUCAGUAUCAAAGUCAUUCAGUAAUUGGAAUUAACUUGGCUAAUCGUGGAAUAGCUGCGUCACAGGUCUCACAAAUUGAUCAUGGUCAGAGACACAAGGUUCCCUCUGUCUCCUCCAUUGAGUCUGUGGGAAGUUUUGGCGAAUCAAAACUUGAUGGUUCUCACAUUCGACACCCAAGCUCCAUGGAUUUGUCUCACAUAUCACGGGUUCAGGGUGAGACUGGCUCCCCCACUUACACUUCUCCAGUGACUAUAACACCCAAAUUGGAGUUACCCAUCACCGUGCAGAAGGGACCUCAAGGACCUAAACAGAUGCCACCGCCAUCGUCAGCCAGUUCUCAGAUGCGAUCAGACUUUAAACUUGACCACACAGGACUUCGGUCCGUUGAUAUGGUGCAGUUGUUAACGAAAUACCCAAUUAUUUGGCAAGGUCACCUGGCACUUAAGAAUGACACUGCAGCAGUACAGCUACACUUUGUGUCUGGUAACAAUGUUCUGGCUCACCGUUCACUGCCACCGCCAGAAGGAGGUGCCUUUCUUCGCAUUGCCCAGAGAAUGCGCUUAGAGGCCUCACAACUUGAGGGAGUUGCGAGACGUAUGACUGCUGAAAAUGAAUACUGCCUUCUGUUGGCAUUGCCUUGUGGACUGGACCAAGAGGAUGUCCACAACCAGACCCAUGCUCUUAAAACUGGUUUCAUCACUUACCUGCAAGCAAAACAAGCUGCUGGAAUUAUCAAUGUCCCAAACCCAGGCUCAAAUCAGCCAGCCUAUGUUGUCCAGAUUUUCCCUCCUUGCGAGUUUUCUGAAAGCCACUUGUCUCAUCUUGCUCCAGACCUUCUCAAUAGCAUCUCCAGUAUCUCUCCCCAUCUUAUGAUUGUUAUAGCUUCUGUAUAAGAGGGAGAUCCCAGCUUCCCACACCAACAUGCCAACACCAGCCUUUGGGACUUGACUUAGUUUUUUUUUUUUUUUUUGUACUCUGGAAAGCACCUCAAUGUUAGUCAAGUUUACUCCUUUUUGGCCAUGUAUUCACUCUGUUUUUUGUUUUUUGUUCUUUCACCAGCCUUUUAAUCCAUUGACUCAUUGCCGCAUCUGUUUAACUGUGUAUCACCUUAUAGUACACAGAGAUAAAUGGAGCUAUUUACAACGAUCAAUUCUCUGAUCAUUUUGUUUUGUUUUCUUUUUCUUCUUUUGGAGAUUUGUAUCUAUGGUUUUUAAAACACUGAAGAUCUUUGGGAUUAUUAGGACAUGGGGUUAAGAAACUUUUUAUUGAUUAAGAUUUCUUUUCUGAAGAAUAAUCAGACCAAUCAUUGCACUAUGUUAUGAAAAUCAAAAAAAUGAAUAACAAGUUUGUACAAAUUUGGUUAUUGAAAUUGUAAUUUUACUUUAUUACUUGGACAUGCUUCAUUCACCAGCCAUUUUUGUGGUAGAGACUAAAAAUGUUAUCUAGUCAAAGUAGUUCAAUUGAAUUCCUUUGACACAUUUUAUAAAAACAAAAAAAUAAUAAAUAAUAAUGUAAUAUAAAGCAGCUACUGUUCAAUCAUAAGUAAACAAGUUACUUCCAUGUUAUUUGUAGAAAUGGCGCUCAAUAUAGUCCUUGUUAUCUCCGAAAGGGACAAAAUGUGGGAGCAUUGUGAGUUGUACAGUUUACACUUGAUGCCUCAAUUGGGGAUUGUAUGUAUACUUUUUUUGCUUUCCUCUUAAUACUUGCAAAGUGAAUCGGGCGAAGGCCUGGUUGUAAAUAUGAUGUAUAUUUAAAGACAUUCAAAGCAGUUGACAAGCAUAACAAGAUUGACAGCCUCUUGCCAUCAACCGUGAAGGUGAACUGUCACUUACCACUUGAGUAUCAUUUCAGAUUUUUCUUUUGUUGACGUUUUUGAAAUCAAUCCUGUGCCAUAAUUUUUAAAUGGAGAAAACUAAAUGAAUUGAGAUUCAUCAAGUUUUAUUUUGAUACUUGACUUUGUAUUUGUCACUUGAUCUUUAAGGCCUGCUUUUACAUUGCCUUGUUUUAUGCUUUUUGUCCCCUACCUCUAUUUCUACCUUUUUUUAUUUUCAUGUCGGUAACUAUUGGGGGGAUCUUAACUGAUGAUGCUGUCCUUAGGACCCCCGAGGUGUUAAAUUCAGUUUUCCACUGUUUCUUUCUUGGUUUUUUGAACAUACCUCUGAAUGUCCAACAAGAACAGUGCAAUGCAAGUGGUAAAUAUACUUUGUAAAGAAAAAAAAAACUGUCAGGAGACAUGAUGGAGACCAGCUUUUUUGGUCUGCUUUCUUGAUUGGUGUCUCCUUGAGCCAAGAUGUAAAUAAUCAUUUUCAUUUUGUGUUGCUUUUUUUUUUUCUCUGUCUUUGUUUUUUAUGUCAGGGUCAUCAUUUUGUUUUGUAAGACAAAACAAAAGUAUGUAAAGAAAACCGAUGCAGAAAGUAAACCAUGAGUCUUAGUUUUGCAGUUUCAUUGGGUUACUACAAAUUCUCUCAUGGUCAUUUUGAAGGCACUUACAUUUUUGAUAUACAAAUUUAAAAUAUCAAAAUACCAAAAGAAAGAGUAAACAGAUACAGCUGAUCUUAAAAUUUUGUCUGAUUUAUCUUAUUUCAUCAUUUUGAGUGUAUUUUGCGGUUCCUCUAUGAGGACAUUUAAAGAUGUAAAAUAAAUUUUGUUUGUUAACACCUUUGCAGAUCAUUAAAUGGUCAUUCACUCUC